CUCGCUAGCGACAGCUUCCAUUUUGAGUUGAGAAGUGAAAACCUUCGGAACUGCGUGUUUGUUUUCCACUGAUACGUUUUUUUUUCUCACAAUAGUAGUCAACCAUGGCUAUGCAAGCAGCGAAACGCGCUAAUAUAAGGUUACCUCCUGAAGUGAACAGAAUCUUGUACGUCAGAAAUCUUCCUUACAAGAUCACAGCUGAGGAGAUGUACGAUAUCUUUGGGAAAUAUGGACCAAUUCGCCAAAUCAGAACAGGGAACACACCUGAAACAAGAGGAACAGCGUAUGUGGUUUAUGAAGACAUCUUUGACGCCAAGAACGCCUGUGACCACCUUUCAGGCUUCAAUGUCUGCAACCGUUACCUGGUGGUCCUCUACUACAAUGCAAACAGAGCUUUCCAGAAGAUGGACACAAAGAAGAAAGAGGAACAGCUGAAGCUUCUGAAAGAGAAAUACGGCAUCAACACCGACCCUCCAAAGUAGCAGUCCUGAAACCUCAUCCUCUUUUAUCAUCACUUUUAUUUUCUAUCUGUACAAAUCUCACAUUUUCUGGCUGUGCUGCUCAGGAUUUGAUGAUCUUGAAGAUAAUUUUUGUAAUGAUUAUGUCAAAGUUAACCUUGAAUAGCCUGUAAAUGCUGGUUAGGCUGUCUCUAUGAAGGUGAAUAUCUAGACAAGGAGUUGUAUUGCACAGAGUUGAUCAAUCUUAGAUGUUGAAUCUGCUUGAGCAAAAUUGUUUUUCAGUUUUUUUUUUCAGUCUUUCCAUACAUCUACAGACUUUUAAUUUAAAGCCAACAAUAUUAAAGUGUGUAAUAUGAAUUUGAGUUUAUGAAUACUGACUAUGUAUUCUGUAAAAUAAACGUUCCUUUUCUAAAA